AGGCUGCGGGGUGUCCCUCAUUCACAGUCCUGCCGCCACAGCCGUAGCCGCCGCCUCCUCCUCCGUUCUCCUUAUCCUUGCGGACAGCCUCGCACCAGCAGCGAGGCGUUGGUGUUCGCACCGGGGGAGCUCGAUCUCGACAUGACACGAUUAGCUCAGUGAGGACUUACGGAUACCCAAGAGAAAGGAAUCGCAGCGUCUCAACGUUCUUGACUUCUGACUAUAUAAGAGAGUCCCCUGCGCCUCUGAAAGAAAGUGUGUGUGUGUCUGUGAGUGCGCUGUGCCUGUCUGCGCUACACCUCUGCUUGGCCUCACGAUCCCUCAGUUAUUCUGUUCGCCUGAGCCUGGCCGACGAAAAACUGCGUCGCUAGUUCGUGGAUAUUUAUAAGUUGUCCAGGACUGCCAGGACGCCUUCAGCCUCCACCACCGCCAUGGCCCAGGACACCCACACCGCUGCGCUGGACCGCAUGCUGGACGACCUGAAAACGACGGUGGGUAGCGACGGCGAGAUGGACGGACGGGGAGAUUCUAGCCUCGUCUCCUCCUUCAGAACCACCUCCCACGGCGAAAGGCCUGACAGCUUCGUGGAAAUAUUCAGGAGCUCAUCACGCAGCGGGUCACGAGCCGGGUCCCGCAGCGGCAGCCUCGCCCCUGCUGCCACGGUGGAGGACGGCGGCCACGUUCGCCACACCCGCCACGAGUACCGUACCCCCGACAACUCGACGCAUGUGGUCACCGAGAAGUACGAGUAUGAUACUGGAGACACGAGCAAGACGAAAAACUACCAGAAGAAGGUGAUGAAGUCCACCUACUCCACCUUCAACUCCAUGAGCGCAGGCAGUGUGGAUGACCCCCCCGCCCCCGCCCCCCAGGUCUCCCCCCCGGCGCCCCCCGACACAAAAGUUAUCAGUGCUUCCCAGAAAGUUGCAAACAAAUUGGUUGAUGCCCUUUCCAGUAUAGCCAGGGAAGAAACACGCGUGUCUCCGCGGGACUCCUACGGCUCAGAGUCUGUCAAGAAGGACACCACGAGGACAACAACCCUUGUCACCACCGACUACUCCACGCUCGGGCGCCUCAGGAAGAACAUCAACGAGCUUGACUCACUCAUACACACUCUGGAGGACUCGCAGCAGCCGGGGGCGGCCAGCCGCAGAACCACUACCGAGGUGCGGGAGACUGUCAUCCCUGCCAAGGUCACCGAAAAGAAGGCGCCGCCCCCCGCCGCGGCCCCCAUCAGCCCAAAGAGCACAAAAAGUUCUAUACUUAAAACUACUAAGAGAGAGGAAUUUAAGAUCGACCCAAUGGACACAGCUGUGUCAAUAGCGCUGGCCUCGGCCAAGGAAACUACCACCACCGCCACUACAACCAAGAGGACCACAGAGUCCCACAUUGGCGAGACGCACCAACCCAAAGUGCCGCGGGGAGAAAGGAGCACCACCACCACCACGCAGCCCCGCACCAACCUCUCCAACGGCACCACCAGGUCAACAACCGUCUCCAACAAGUACGAGAACGAGGACUUCGAUGACCCCAACAAGAGCGGUGAAGUGCGGCGCAUCGUGUGGCGCAACAGAUUCGAAAAGACCUACGAGGCUCAGGACUCCAGCCACCCCCCGACGAUGAGCAUCGAGGAGGAGGCCAGGAGAAGGGAGACGCUCCAGCGGCAGCACCACCACACCUCCACCUCUGCCUCAACCACCUCGACGCUCUCCUCUCCUCCGCAGCGUGGGCCGGCCUCCCCUCGCCAGCCGCAGCUACAGUGUGCAGUGUACUGGCCAGGUUAUGGCGGCGCUCCGCACGUCUCUCCAGGGAGCCAGUCCUGGAAGGAACCCAUCCCCAUGCCAACACCUCCCCAGCUGUCCCCGCGGGAGCCCGGCGUGGCCUACAUCUAUACAUACGGAGGGACUGACACAACGGGCAGGUCUGGCGUGCAGCCUCUGCCACCCCUUAACUAUGUGAAUGUGCCCAGCGCCCAGUCCGUGCCAGCCAGCGAGGGCGCGCCGUCCCCCACCCCUUCUUCACAGGUCCAGACCCAACCCAUCAUUUACCACUACUCAUACCACUACACCAUCCAGCCUGGGCAGCCCCUGCCUGACGGGGCUCCACCUCCUCCUGCAGGGCUUGUUCCUGGCUCGCCUCCGGCCCUCCAAGUGGCGCCCUCCACCCACUCUGCUCAACACUCACACUUGUCACACCACACCCACAGCAACACCCACACCAGCCACGGAGGGCAGCCCAGUCAUGUCAGUCCUCCUGUUAAGCCCAGUCAAGUCAGUCCCCCGGAGAGGCCCAGUCAGCCGGGGCAGCCAGGGCAUCCCUCGUCCUCCGUUAAUUACAAUAUCCACUCCUACUCGAGUCGAACUGUCAACCGCAGCGACACCACCAGCACGGAUCACACCGGCCCACACGGCCCCGGAGGCCCAGGAGGACCACACGGCCCCGGAGGCCCAGGAGGACCAUACGGCCCCGGAGGCCCAGGAGGACCAUAUGGCCCUGGAGGCCCAGGAGGACCGUACGGCCCAGGCAGCCGUCCGAUAGAUGAGCCUGGCUACCCUAGUAAGCUUCGUGAACCUGGGAGUCCCGACGGCCCCAGUGGCCCUGACGGCCCCGGGCAGCCCGGCCACCCCGGUUCAAUAUCCAUCACCAUCAACAAGACCACCACGCGCACCACUCACUCUGGCGGGUACCCCGGCGGCCCUGACGGAGGCGAUGUUCCUCCAAUCACCUCCACCCCGUACUCUACCCGUGGACGGUCCGUGUCCCCGGAGCCCCGCAGCCCCGGUGGACCCCAGCACGUGAGUUACGUCACUAACGUGUCCAGGACCUCGUACUCAGACUCACUGGAGCGAGUGCGGAAGCCCAAGACACACACGCUGCCGUUCCCGGACACCUCCCCCAUCAAGCCCUCGGACAACGGCAAGAUUCCUCGCCGCGUGGAUGACCUGAUGACCUCCUUCUCAGACUCAGAGGACGGUCCCCCCGGCGGACCCCCAGCACGCAGUCCAAGACGCGGCGACCUCGCUGACCACGAACCUCUCCUGCCCCACAACAACCAGGUGGCGGUGCGGGCAGACGCUGACGCCAAGGCGACGGCGGUGGCGGAGGCCAAGGCGGAGCCCUCGACGAACAAGGCGGGGUCGCCAGUGUACUACCCCCCCGGACACGAGCUCUUCCACGAGACAAUGCAUACUAUGACGCUGAAGGAGGGCCGUCGACGAGGAAAGGCCAAGUGGAGGAUGGAGCGUGCGGAGGGCUACAAAGAGAGCUCCGCCCACUCCGAGUCCAAGGGCGGCAUGGCCAUGGUGCCCGUGUGCCUGCCGCUCUGCUGUGGCGCCGCCUGUGUCAUCAUGUAGGCUGCCAGGCUGCCUCCACGAUGCUGGCGGAAUCCCAUUUUCACUACAAAUACGAUAUUUUUGCUUUGCCUUCAUCAACUCACCGAGAAUACAAAGCUGGUGCAGUGUACAUAUUAAUAUAUAUUAGUCGCGUUUUUCCAUUGGUGAUGUGAAGGUUCUUCUAAUGACCUUCAGCCACCUCAUUGUUGCACCGCUGCGGCGCGCACGGCAGCGCGGUGGGCGCAAGGUGUCCUGUUGGCGUCAUUGAAGGAGGCUCCCUUGCCUCGCCACGCCUACACCCGCGGCUCGUCAUACACACAUUUUGCUUAUGUUAGGUGUUCAUUGUUAUUAAAGAUUGUAAGGAUGCAUUUGUAAACCUAUAAUAUAUUCAUGUAUAGAGUGAACAUGCUGAUUUGUAAUGUUGCAAAUGCAACUGAAUCUCCUACGAAACCACGUGAACAUUUUUCAUAGCCUGUUCUGUUGCCUCAUUUUGUAUGUGCGGCGUGGAAGCGUGACGACAUGCCGGACGAGGAAUUCCUCGCCCUUUGAUUUUACAUGAGCGACGUGCGGUCCUGCCCGUGGCACACCGCGGCGGCCACGCAGCGAGGAGCGAGACCAAGAAGCACGCCGCGCCCGGCCCGUGAUUACAGUUGUUGGUGUUCGUCGCGUUGGCGCUGCCCGCACCUUGGCAGCGCAGAGUUGUGCCGCCGUUCACGUCGAUGCAGCACAGCUCCAGUCAGCGUUCAGCCUGUAGCUUAUUCCUGCCCUAACCUGCCAGGCUGCCGAAAUGGCAGCACCUACUUGUGCCUUAACAAGCCUUGUUCCCGCGCUGCACACUGCCAGGCGGUGCACGACGCUCGGCUUCCCGCUGUAAAGUCCUCUUUUAGCGCUGGUGCUAAAAGGUUGCCAUACAUUUUUACAGUUUUAAGUUUUGUGGAAGUUAAACAAUGAGUGUAGACAAGCAGUAGAUAUAAUUACUGGUAUAGCAGAAGAGAAGUGGAUGAAGGGGCAGCGUGGCCGACGCCCCGCCCCAGCACCCCGCCAGGCCGGAGACAACCUUUUGCGCCUUACCGAAGACACUAUACCAAUUUUGUCACUUAUAUUUUUUUCGAUUAUAAUAUGUGUUAGUUUCCACUAACUGAAAUUAAUAAAAGAAUUGAAACUC